UCUCUCUAUAAAUAUAUUUCUCUUGAGCUUUCUCAACUCCACCAUUGCAAAUUGCCCCCACCUCCCCUUCUGAUCCAUUACUUAGCUAAAACAGAAUUAAUGGCGUUUGGAAUCUUGUCAUGUCUGCGUGUUUUGAGCCUAGUGUCAUUAGUUAUCUUAGUUUUUGAUCAGCCUUGUCGAGUUUUUAGUUCAAGCAGGGGAAGCCAUUUUGGCUUCAUCAACCAUGAUAUUAAUGGCGUGGAUACUGCACCACCCGCUGGCAUGUGCGCAUCCACUGUCGCCAUUCAUGGUUACAAAUGCCAAGAAUUUGAGGUAAAAACUGAUGAUGGCUACAUACUAAGCGUGCAAAGAAUUCCAGAAGGCCGCUUAGGUGGUGGUGGGCAAAACAGGCAGCCAGUAUUGUUGCAGCACGGUGUUCUUGUGGAUGGCGCGACAUGGCUGUUGAAUCCACCUGAACAAUCACUAGCGAUGAUCUUGGCAGAUAAUGGCUUUGAUGUUUGGAUUUCCAACAUCAGGGGAACCAGAUACAGUCGUCGUCACGUUACCCUUGAUCCUAACGAUUCGGAAUUCUGGAAUUGGACAUGGGAUGAUUUGGUGGCCCAUGACUUACCAGCUGUCAUUGACUUCAUCUUCAAACAAACAGGACAAAAAACUCACUAUGUAGGCCAUUCAAUGGGAACUUUAAUAGCACUGGCAUCCUUCUCAGAAGGAAGACAGGUAGACAAGGUCAAAUCAGCAGUAUUGCUCAGUCCAAUAGCUUAUUUGAGCCAUAUGACAACUGCACUUGGUGAUGUUGCUGCUAGAGCUUUUGUUGGUGAAAUCACCACAAUAUUUGGUCUCGCAGAGUUUAAUCCAAAAGGUGGACCUGUAUCCAAUUUACUCAAGUUCUUGUGUGCUCAGCCAGGGGUGGACUGCUAUGACUUAAUGAGUGCGCUUACUGGGAAAAACUGUUGUUUGAAUGCCUCUACCGUCGAGCUUUUCUUGAAUGACGAGCCUCAAUCCACUUCAACCAAGAACCUGGUGCAUUUGGCUCAGACUGUUAGAGACGGUAUACUAUCAAAAUAUGACUAUGGGAGCGACUACAAUUUGGCGCAUUAUGGUGAAGCGAAACCUCCCAAAUAUAAUUUAACCAACAUUCCUCGCUAUUUUCCUCUAUUUCUCAGCUAUGGAGGCCAAGAUGCACUCUCUGAUGGCAAAGACGUUGAGACAUUGCUCGACGCUCUAAAGUUCCAUGAUGUAAACAAGUUGACAGUUCAGUAUAUCAAGAAUUAUGCUCAUGCUGACUUUAUCAUGGGAAUUACUGCCAAGGAUCUUGUUUAUAACCAGAUUAUUUCCUUUUUUAGAAACCAUGGCUAAUCACCCCGAGGAGCAGAAAAAGAAAAAGAAAGAUAAAAGCAAGAAGGGAAUUCAUCAUGAUUUUCUAAAAAAUUUUAUGUAAGAAGCUUCAAUUUCAGCUUCUUUUAAUUGCAUGUUAACAGAUGAUAAGAGCUAGAUUUUCAGUAUCAUUCACAAUAAGUCGAGCGAUAUAUACACAAGAAUGUCAGGGACAAACAUUAGCAGACUAAUUUCUUUGCAAUGAUUUGUCAUAUUUAUCUUUAAAAGGAGGAAAACGCCAAAUUUUCCCCUAAAUUAUGCGAAAAUAGUUUACAUUUGUCUUCCU